UCCAUCCUGGCACAAGUCAAUGCUAGUAUAAAGUGGUGUGCAGAUAGCUGUCAUCACUUGGAUCAGAGUUUAAACCUGGGAAAAUGUCUACUGCAUGUCACAGACUUAGAGUGUCAAAGCACAUCAGGGAACAAAGCCUACUACGUCUACCCAGUAAAGGACUUCAGCUUUGACAAGGACAUAGAUGCUCUGAAGGAGCAGCUUGAAUUCAACAAGUCCCUGUCUGUUUUUCCUAUGCCAGAUGAAACAGCUCACUAUAAGAUCCACAGAUACUUCUGUGAGGUGGAGCUUAACGACACCAGACACCAGAUUCAGGAAAUGAAGGACAACAUCUUGUACAUGAGCCAGUUUGCGCCUGGUGGCAGAGACAGCAUAUCUUGGCCAGUAGGUGUUCCAGAGCCACACAGUCCCAAGAACAGAUUUGAUCUUAUUCGCUGGGACUAUUUCACAGAAACACACAUAUUCUUUCAAGAUGACUUUACAAAUGUUAAAGAACUCAUAGGUGCAGACAAGUUGGAUAUUCAGGAUGUAAUUAAAGUCUCCAUAGAAAAACUAAAUCGGAAGUAUAAUAACAAAUACUUGUACUCAUAUCUGAUCAAUGGGUACAGACGAUUUGACCCCCAGCGAGGAAUGGAGUACAUACUUGACCUUGCACUUGAUGAUACGUCACUGCCUUCAGCUGAGAGUGACAAACGGCCUGUUACUGAAAAGCGAGUCUUCCUUGUACGUCCCUUAGGAGAGGUGGAGAUAAUUCCCAUGCCCUACGUGACAGAAUCUACCAGAGUACACAUUAUCCUGCCUAUCACAGUUCGUGACAUGGAUGGUUUGGGUUCCUUCUUGGAGAGCUAUGCUAGUUUACAAAAAGAAGCAGAGGACAGGCUAGCCCUAGUCCUGGUUUUCGUAUACCAGUCCUUUCCUAAAACUGCAGAAGACGAUGUUUACUCUGUUGUCAAAUCAAUGGCUAAAUAUCAUGAUGAAAAAGCCAAGGCUGGCAUCAAGACCAUAAUAUUAAACUUUGCCUUCAAUGAGACGUACAUUCCAGACUUUCAGAUCAUAGACUUGGUGAGCAGUAACUUGAACAACGAUGCUCUGAUGCUAAUGGGCUCUAUUGGCAUGAUUGUGAACACAGAAAUGCUCAACAGGGUGCGCAUUAAUACCAUUGCAGGCUGGCAGGUGUUUUUUCCUAUAGGUUUCUGGCAGUAUAGGCCAAAUCUGAUUUAUGAAAGGAAGCCAUAUCCUGUGGAUAUUGAAUUUACCAGCAGGGCAGGUCAUUAUGAUGUACUUUCUUUUGAACAUGGGAGUUUCUAUAAUACAGAUUACAAAGAUGCACGGAAAUCCUUGACAAGUUCAGAAUUACUAAACUGUGAUAUCUAUGAAAUGUUUGUGAAAUAUGGUAAGCUGCAUGUUUUCCGAGCCGUGGAGCCAGAGUUCAAACACUACUACAUGCAGUUAGAAUGCCAUCCAAAAAGUCCGUCUGUUUUGUAUGAAAGGUGUGUAGAGAGACGAGUGCAGAGUCUCGGAACAAGGUCUCAACUGGCCAAGCUUAUAUUUCAUUAUCAGGCUAAAAAUAAAAAGACCACACCAGUGGAAGUUACACCACAAAAACCACAUAAAGAGAAAAUGCAUCAGAAUUCUAGCAAUAGUAAUAUACAUCACGAAUUGGCUAAACAUCAUAAAUUGACAAGAGAAGAUACCACCAAAAAAUCUGGCAUACUAGAUGCACAACCUCAAGCUGGCAAAGUAAAAUAA